AUGGGUCUAAGAGGUUUCUCCUUAAAGGAGAGGGCCGUAGGUCAAACUCGUUCAAUCGUUGAAUGGUCUUCUGAGCACUUUGAGCGUCACCGCCAACCACUUCGAAUUGCUAUCGACCAAGCGAAUUGGUGGUACAAGAACAUAACUCCUGAAAAGGAGAGUCAAAUUAAGCGACAAUCUCCGGGAUCACAUCCAAGAGAAAGGAGCAUUAUGGAACGAAUUUGCUAUCUUUUACGGAUGAACGUCCAACUUAUAUUCGUGUUUGAUGGACCCAACAAACCUUGGAAAAGUCGGCCUCGCGGACAAAACUACAGUGCAUCCAAUGUUGCUCUUCUCAAGGAGUUGCUAGACCAACUAGGCGUACCUAGGCACGAUGCUCCGGGAGAAGCGGAGGCCGAGUGCGGUAGGCUUCAGGAGCUAGGUGUGGUUGAUGCCGUCUGGUCCGAUGACAGCGAUACAUUCAUGUUUGGGUGCAAAACUGUCGUGCAGUUUCAUAAACCCGAGGGACAUGAUUUCAAAAGCGAGGAUAGUGUCCUCGUUUACACUGCGGACGGUCUUCUUGACCGUAGUAAGUUAUCUAAAGAGGGUAUGCUGAUGUAUGCUAUUUUGGUUGGUUGCGACUACGCAGAUGGCCUCCCUAGCGUCGGUACAAGCACACUUUUGGAAAUUGCGAAACACCACAAAUUUGAAGAGGCUGCUACGAUAUUGGCUAAAUCAGUCUCGAACCAACACCGAGAACUCAGCAAAUGGCGAGCUAUGCUCUUACGAAUUGUCAAGGAUGCGUAUCCGUCUAAGAAUUUCGCACUCCCUCCAAAUACAUUUCCAAACCCAAGGGUCCUACAAAGCUGCAGUCGACCGAACGUUUCAACAGACAGUAAGCUAGGAGGCUUAGUAAUCCACUGGUUCCGGCCCUUUAGACCUAACUUGUUUGCUCGGUAUAGAUUUCUAUUAGAACAUUUUCAUUCUAGGAAGCAUCCUAGCUGGCCGGCAGAAUACCUUGUACCUAUCGAGCUUAACCACCGUCUCAGAGAAAGACAUAGCGAGUUUGAUUACGGCAUUAUGGAGAAAACUCCAAUGGGACCCAAGAAGGAGGGGACUGUCUCAGUAAAUCCGACACUCGUCAUACCGGAACUGCUGGACAUCCCCCUGCGCGAUCCAAAAACAGGCCAGGCUUGUGAAUUUGAAGAAGUCAAGGCUAUUCUUUUGGAUUGUGUGAUUAAGCAAGGACUGCCGAAUGUUAUGGAGAAGGCCACACAGAAGGCUCGGAGAGGAAGGCCGAAAAAGGUUGCAGCUGGAGAUAGAAACAAGGAGUUCGCCAAACUGAACCCAGAAUGUAACAGCCCGAGCCAAGACGGGCAAUCGCGAAAGAGGAAUUCGAACUCGCUUGUAGAAAAUGAAAAUUACCGUCUCCUAGGCGUUAGCGACAAGUUGAAGAAGGGGUUAGCAAACGCGCUCAAUCUAGACAAUGCGGCUGUCCAGAACCGGAGUAUUUUGGAAAGAGCCCCGAUAAUCAUACUCGACGAUGAGGGCAUUGAAAACAGGAGUCUGGAUGAUGGCCGUACAAAUGUGGCUCGCAAGAAGCAGAAAACAGAGAUACCAUCCCUUGCCGAUAUUGCGGUGAUCGACUUGACCGAGGCAGAUUGGCGAGGGAAGUAAGAAUUAGCAAGGUAAUGAGCUGGAGGGAUUCCGGCUAGUUAUGACGACGCUCGCUGACGCCACGCAUGGCAUAGAUCAUAGUGCACUAUCCGACCUAAGAAAAAACGCCAGCAAGGACCGGAAAUUGCUCGGGGUGGCGUCUCGAGAUGCGCAGCACUGCAGAUUGACGAUGGAGAUCGAGAGUCUCGGAUUAGAUACUCCUUGGUGGUGACCCACUAGGGCGCACUGCAAGGCGUAUUGCCCCGCCGAUGUGUGCUAUACCUCAGCUAUCCUUCUGCAGAUUC